GCAAAUUUUACACAUACAGCCACGCGGUGCUGUUUCCUGCCAUGCGCGGGCCAAACACUCGCAAAAGGCCACAAAAAGCGUAUGUAGCAUAAAUAACCUGGAAUUGGCCGGGUUUGCGCCAUUGCGGCCACGACACGACGCCUCUCUCUGUACGACAGUCGGGCAGACAGCAAUUAUUUCCAGACAGCAAUUAUUUCCAGACGGCAAUUAUUUCCAGACAGCAAUUAUUUCCAGUCAGCAGAUUAUUUCCAGACACGAGACAGACUUCGACGCCCGCCAACUGCCAGCAUCACAUCAUUCAUGGCCACCCCCGGCCAUGGCGGCUUCUACGACAGGCUGGCCCAUGUCGUCAGGCUGCACGGCGACGACGGCAGCCUGCCCCGAAUCCGGUCGGCGCUGAAAUGGCUCUCGGUGGCCGAGCGGCCCGUCCGCGCCCGCGAGCUUUGGACGGCUCUCCUGAUCGAUCAGUCCGAAGACCUCGAGCACAUCGAACGCCUCUUGACCACACGCGACCAUGGAGAUGACCAGAGUGUCGUGCCCUUGCUGCAAGAUCUGAUGGGGCCGCUGAUCUCGACUAGACGAGACGCCCCCCACGCAGCCACCUUCAUCACUCUGUACGGUCCCGACCCGGCCGCCUUCCUCCACCGUCUGCACGAGCACAGCACUCCCGGAGCCAUACGCUCGCUCGCUUUCUCGGCUGCCGAGGCCCACACAUACGUGGCCACUCUCUGCAUGACCGUCUGCUCCGUGACGUCGCUGCAGCUAGCCCACGUCCACGACGACACGACCCCCGCGUCUCUGGUCCUCUACGCCUGGGCGCACUGGAGCACACACCUGUCGCUGUCCCGGCACUCCCUGGCGAGCGGGGAUGCCGCUCGCCUGACUGACUCCAUGAUCUACCGCGUCUGCAACGACGUGCUGGUGUUCCUGCUCGCCCUCAACGACUUCUACACCGGGCCCAUCACCUUUGCGGCCGCGCAGGACCGUACGCGGUGUGCCGCACUAGUCAAGCAGACCCAGGACGCCCUGGACACGCCGAUCGCGCUCCUGUCCGCCCUGGUCCAGCCGCAGGCCCAUAGCAGGGCGUUGCAGAGUGCUCGAGACGCCGUCGAGGCGUCGGCGCAUCUGUCCCACUCGCGGACAAACCACAGGGCCUGGUCGAGGCUCCAUGUCGACCGAGACCUCCUUGCCGGGGAGGGCGGGAACUCACCCGACCCGCGGAUCUUGUCCAAAGUGGAAACCUUGCUGAUAGACGGGCUGUUGACCGACACCAAACACCUGUUCAGCCAGGACGCGAAGAAAAUCAUCUGCGGGUUUGCCGAGCUUGCACGAGGACUGCGCCUGCUGUCGACGCUGGUCACCCAGGCCCCCGUGUACCAAGAGCUGCUCAAAGAGUACGGCAUCGCGUGUUCGGCGCUCGACCUGCUCGUCAACGCCGCCAACUGGAUGGAGGCCGUCGCCAGCUACCCCUAUUGGGCCGAGACCCCAAAAGCCAGCUCCUACGACCCGCUCGACAUAACAAGAACGCGCGACCCGAACUACGAGGCAGCCGCGCUGAUCAUGUCUCGGCUCAGAAGAGACGCGUCAGCAGUCGCGAGGCGCGAACCCAGCCCCGUGGUUCUGCAGACGGACGCAGCAGCAGCAGCAGCGAGGGCCGGCCUGGGCGUGUGCCCGAUGCGGUGGAAGGCCGCGUCCCUGAUGGGCAAACUCCAGGGCCUGCGCACCCGCAGCGCUACCUUCACGCUCAACGACGUCCGGCUCGUCAACCAGCGGACGUCGUCCUUCGCGACGUUCCCGCCGCGCAUGGGCGGCCCGGCCGACCUGCCAUACCCGCUAAAAGUUGCCAUCCCACCUUCACUCCGCCGCUUCUACGGCCGGCGCGUGGGCGCGCUGUACAGGUGGGCCGCGCGCUCCGACAUGUUCAAAUCCGUCGACGACUUCAGCUCGGGGACCUUCACGGGCGGGAUGAGCGAGCGGUGGCCGCAGCUCAAGGCCGCGCUGCUCGCCGCCGGCUACCGCGCCGCGUUCGCGCACUUCGCCAUCGCCAUCGUGCUGCACCACAUCCGCGGCAUCCUUGUCCCGUGGCUCGGCACGUACAUGUGGUACACGCCGCUGGAAGACCUGCGGCUCGCCCUCUCGAGCCCUGCCGUCUUCCUCGACCAGGCCCUCGCGUUCCGCUGGCGCUGGCUGCUGUUCAGCUACGCGCAGAAGUACGCGUGCGACGUGCUGGGUGGCGUUGCUAUGACGCUGCUGCUGGCUGCUGAUGGCGAGGACGACGGUCGAGUAAGCCACCGCCGCCGCGGCUACGACUACAGCUACAGCUACAACCACUACAGCCCGCCGCGGCCAGCAUUCACCCGCGGCAGCAGCAGCAACAACAGCAACAACAACAACAACAACAACAACAACAACAACAACAACAACAACAACAACAACAACAACAACAACAACAACAACAACAACAACAACAACAACAACAGGUGGCGAUCACGGCUGGCGGGCGCGAGCAGAGUGGGCUACCUAUGCUGGGUGCUCGUGACGCUGGACUACAUGUUCGCGCGCGCCGUCAGCACGUUCGCGUUCCUGGCGGCGUACUACCGGCUCGUCGUCGCCGGCGGCGCGGCCGAGCACGUCGCGCUGGGCGCCGUGCUGAAAGCCCACUGGACGCGCCUGCCGCCGACGGCGUGGCAGCUCGCCCACUACGUGCGCCACGGGCUGUGGCCGCUGGCCUGGAGCGCCCUGCUGUGCGCCGUGCUCGGCCAGCCGGGGCUGUUGGUGGUCGUGCUGGCGGUCGUGGGGAGCGUCGCGGCGAUCAUCAGGUUCCGGAGCACGGUUUACAUUGCGCUCGAGGUCAGUGGCAUGUUUGUUGUGUGCGGGUUGCUGGGGGUUACGCUCGCGCUGUUGGCGGCAGAGUUUGUGCGCGAUCCGCUUGGUUUGGAGGCCAGCACGGCUGUGGCGCGCAGGCGAGGGCAUCGCGCGAGGGCCGUGCUGCCGCCCGGAGCUGCGGCGCGCACGAAGAUUCUCAGGAGGGGGGCGGCGUCGGC